AUGUCAUAUAUAAAUCAUUUUCAGUAUCAUAAUGCGGCGAACGAUGCUAUGAUCCAAGUGUUGGUGGCGCUGCUAGUGACAGCCGCACACGCACAGCUACCACCAGCAGACGCGCCGCCCGUCGUCAACGAUACACGAUGCGGCGUGGAGUGCGUGCGGUGCGGUGCUGAUGGGUGCAUCAAGUGUGCUCGUCUGCUCGUGUGGCCCAGUGGCUCGUGUGUGCUCGACUGCCCCUCAGGCACACGAGAGUCCUGGGCGCACGAUGACCACCUCAUGGGCCGCGUGUGCUAUCCCACUCACACCUAUAAUGAAGUAUUGGUUGGUGGUGCCUGCGGGGUUGUAGUGUGCCUUAUAUUGGUUGCUGCAAUAGCUGGAUACACACGAUGCAAGAACAAUGCGAGAACACAGGCUCAACCUUUGCCUCAGCCGACUCAGGAUGACGACGCCCAACUGAGAGAAUUCCACAAACAACUUGACUGUUUACGACCCCAUGCAUACACUUUGUUGGCAAUAUUAAAUCACACGAGACAUCAAGUGCGAGAGCUCUAUCAGCUUGGGAAUAAUGAUGCUGCGAUGGCUUAUAGUUGCGUGCUGAGUGAUUUAGCAAAGCUGCUGAUACUACUGAAUAAACAACAAGUACCAGUGGUACCGAAGGAAUGGCCACGACUUGCCGCUUGGGCUGAUAGAAUCCUAAAACGGUACAGCCGCAUGAACGUCGGGCAGCAACAAGAACGGUUAGUGAAUGUCCACCCGUCAUCGCCAAACCACGAAUCGGACUCCGACACGACCCAAUCGUUCACAACAUUCAAACCACCGUCAUAUUCCCCAACGUCAUACGGAAGCCACAUUUUAGAUAAGGAUUUAGAAACCCAGAUGGAAUGGAGCGACACUGGCAGGCCACCGAGCUAUUCCCAGAUAGAAAGAGACAGCGAAGCUAUCGUCCUCUCAGAUCCAUGGGAGAGGCGGCCGAUAGUACGAAGAGAGAGCGUUUGGCUUGAAGACGAACUGUUUGAAAUGACGAGGCGUCCCCAAGACGAACUUACCACAGAGCUAUGA